CAUUUGACAUUAACCCUGCAGUGGACGUGUGCUUUGACUCCGCGUGUUUGUUGGCUAUCAGGGUAGAAGUGGUAAAUCGUGGCUAGAGACCUUAUUCCAAGAAUUUUAACAUUUAUAAUGGGAAGACGUAAUAACAAAAAAGCAAAUCCCUUUGCCCAGAAAAAGCGCGCAAAGAAACAAAACGGACUUGGUAGACCAGACAGGAGAUCUGAACCCUACGUGGAGAUUGUGCGGGAGAAUGAGUUGUUCUGCAAAUAUUAUAAAGCUCAAAACAUCUGCGGGUCAGACGAGUGGGAAUCCUUCUUGACUACUCUGAGGACCGAUCUGCCUACAACAUUCCGCGUUACAGGCUCUAGAGACGAAGCUACAGCCUUGCUGGACAUAAUCAAGAGUAAAUUCUUUGAGGAAUAUGUGAAAGGAGUGGCGGAGUUGAGGAAUAUAGAUGGCGGGCAUGUUGAAAUGCCAAAAUGUUUGCCUUGGUAUCCGAACGGGUUUGCAUGGCAGCUGCAGCUUACACGACGGGAUAUUCGGCGGUCUGAACCUUUAUUCAAGCUGCACAAUUUUCUUAUAGCGGAAACUAAUGCUGGGAGUAUUAGCCGGCAGGAAGCUGUGUCUAUGAUUCCCCCGAUAGUACUUCAAGUGCAGCCUUCUGAUAAGGUACUAGACAUGUGCGCCGCUCCCGGAUCCAAGACAGCCCAACUGAUAGAAGCGCUACAUUCAGGAAAGGAGAAUGAAACUCCCACAGGUUUCGUCGUUGCUAAUGAUUUAGAUAACAAUCGAUGUUACAUGUUAGUUCACCAAGCCAAACGUUUAAAUUCACCUUGCUUCGUGGUGACCAAUCAUGACAGUGCAUUCUUCCCCAAUUUAGUGGAAACGACCGCAGAUGGUAAACGGAAGAACUUGAAAUUCGAUAAGAUCCUUUGUGACGUGCCUUGCUCCGGAGAUGGAACGUUGCGUAAAAAUCCAGACAUCUGGAUGAAGUGGAAUACCGCUCAGGGUAACAAUCUUCAUGGUGUGCAAUAUCGAAUUCUCCGUCGAGGUGCUGAAUUACUUGCUGUCGGCGGACGAGUUGUAUAUUCAACAUGUUCUCUGAACCCCAUUGAAAACGAAGCUGUCCUACAACGAAUCAUAAAAGACGCAGAAGGUGCAUUGGAGAUUGUGGAUGCAUCAGAGCUUGUGCCUGGCUUGAAAUAUAUCCCCGGAUUGACUGAUUGGAAGUUGGCUUCGAAAGAAGUUGAUAUUUUCUCUAAAUUUGAGGAAGUUCCUGAAAAAUUCCAUACAGUUAUCCGACCGAAUAUGUUUCCGUUGCCGAAAGAGGAGAUUGCUACCAUUGGGUUGGAAAAAUGCAUUCGGGUUUUGCCGCACCUACAAAAUACCGGUGCAUUCUUUGUCGCGGUUUUGAAAAAGAACAAACUUUUACCAUGGGAAAAGGAAGAAGUUGAACCUGAACCAGAGACCGUAGCCGAUGGCGAGGAGAAAAAAGAUGACACUCCUUCGACAGAUGAGAAGUCAGUCCCAUGGGGACCACAAAGAAAGAAACGCCGCAUUCAAGGCUACAAAGAGGAUCCCUAUGUUUUCUUCAAAGACAACGAAGAUGUUUGGGACUCAAUAAAAACCUUCUACGAACUGAAUGAUUCCUUCAACGUCAAAUGUCUGCUAACACGUUGUCUUGUGGGAAAAAAGAAAAACAUUUAUUUCUGCUCGGACGCUAUUCGUGAUCUUGUUCAGAACAACGAGAAUGCUGUGAAGAUCAUCAACACGGGGGUGAAAACUUUUGUCCGUUGCGAUAACAAACACAUGAAAUGUCCAUUCCGUUUGGCUCAAGAAGGACUUUUAACCGUGAAUCCUUUCAUUGGUGACGUUCGACGUGUGAAUCUGCAGAAAGAGGAUUUAGUUAAAUUGUUGCAGUGCACGGAUCCUACUAAGCCGCCCGCCAUCACGGAAUUAGACGAGAAGACGCAGGCUCGAGUAGUCAAUUUAGAUCCUGGAAGUUGUGUACUUCGAUAUGCAGAUGAGAAGCUAACGCUCUCAUUAGUUGGCUGGCGUGGCACAUCGAGCUUGCGGGCUUAUACAGAUGUGAAUGAUACAAUUCACAUGCUUCGGCUGCUGGAUGCAGAUACAUCGAUGUUUGAGAAAAACAAGUUUAAGAAAGAUGAAGUGGCGACUCCUGAAGAAACGGAAAAUGCUACGGAUGAAGUAGUAGUUGAAGCAGUAGAAAGUGAGGAUAGAUAGCAAUAGAAUAUGAUGUUUUAUAAUAUAUUAUCCUAUUCGGAGGAAA